AGAUCGGUGCUCCCCCAGUCAGGACAAAUGGCGGUCCUCUGUUUUUACUCCUAGAAAUAAUCAACCAUGAUAAUUUGACACGCGCGUGUGUAAAACCUGUUCAAUUGUUCAUCAAUUAGAACAAGUUGUUGUUGCCGAACGCAUCAAUCAUCAUGUGUGAUCACUUUUGGGAGCCCAUGGCGGAGGUUUACAUCGCCAACAGGAAUGAUUAUCCAGAUCCCGAUAGUCACAUUUACUGUCUCUGCAGCAGAGUGUUCAUUCGCAACCCAGAGAUCUACACAGUCCUGACUCAAGAAGAUGCCAGUGAGCCGGAAAACGGAGAAACGGACUAUCUCGGUGAGAUGUUGGAUGACCUGAAGCAGAUACCCCUGGAGCCCCCUCAAUACACGGAGAAACACGACGAAGAACCUGUUAGCUGCUACUGCAGUGCCUCCCACACCGACAACAACUACUCAACCGAUGAGCAUGACUCGGUUCGCGACUCAGUCCAAAGAUCGACCACUUAUGCUCUGGGUCAGAAACUGAGCCUCCACCAGUCCGACUCCGGGGCGGAUCUUUCCGAAUAUCACGAGCACGACGCCAAGCCCCCGACCAACUCCCUCCUCCUGUCCGACCAUCUCCUGAAGACCCCAGAGGUGAAGCUGAAAAACUCCAGAAGCUUCACGACACUCGACAGCUUCAACAAAUACCGCGAGAACCCCUCGGAGUCAGACAACUCCAACUUUCAAGAAGAAGCUAAACGAAAAGAUGAAGUUCUGAAUUUCUCAGAUACCCCAGAGCACGCCUCCUUCACUCUCGGCACACACGAGCAGUCCGAAUCCCCAACAGAGGCCGAAGACUUCGCAAUAAUUGAAAUGUACGACUCUUACUUGAAUGUCCACGUGGUCUACGGAAGUGACAAGAAAAGCAUGAUCGACAUAGCAUGGGAGAAAUUCUGGGCGGAUCACGGUGAGCGCCUGAUCUGGAGCUCCUGGAUAACGAAAUACGCGGACUACAUAAACCCCAGUUACAUACCGCCUGAGGAAACCGUAGAAAUCGAAAAACCAACGAAGAUUCGAGUUGUUGAGAAAUUUCCCGAGCAGAACACCUGUUUUCCAACGUGUGCCCACAAGAAUUGUGACAUUGGCCGAUCGAAUUUCGAAGGAUUAUUCAGCAGGUCGGACAAGCCCAAAGACCAGUUGAACUUUACGUUCGAUGACAGCACGAAACAGGUAAAUGAAAGAGACGCUGAGGACAAUCGAAAGAAAAUGGGAAACUUUGAGCUUUCUCCUGAGAUCGAUGGGUGGAACCCCCUGAGUCCCUUCAGCGCCGAAGAAAGCUACAAUCAGCACUCUCAUGAGGACGAAAGACUGAUAACCAUAUCAAGGUGUGACUCCAUAACUGGAUCACUUGCCAAGACUAACGCAACAUCCGAUUCAAUGACGAAUGUCACUAAGUUGACUCUCACGAACUCAAGCUUUGACUCUAGUUCGCAGCAGUCAUUGAGUCUCUUCAGUUCUGUUACGAGUUCAAUCGAGAGUAAUGUGACAAGCAGCAGCUCUGACCAGGACAAUGACAUGACAUCUGACAAUGACAGGUACUGGCAGCUGCUGUGGAAAGAGAACUUUCAAAUUCAGUACCAGUAUCAUUAUAGUUGCUUUGUCAACCGAUACAUGAUGGUACAGACUGAAAGCUCGACCUCAAAUUCCUCGAGGAUACCCUUCGCCAACGAAUCCUUCGAGGAAGCGCCAACCGAGUCCGUGCUUGACGGCAAGAACGGGACAAAGAAGUCGGCAUCCAAGAGACGAUUGAAUUCCAAGCGUAAGGUGGUGGACUCUGUGGGCUAUCUCAUGCAGAAUCUAACGAUGAAGUCAGAGGACAAUGAACCAGAGCAUAAAGACACAUCACAACGAGAGGGAGGAUCUCAAGGAAAUGCUGGUCAGGUUCACCACUCGACGACACCAUCGGCUAAUCACAAUUCUUCUUUUAACUGUAAGAGGUCUAGCAAUGGGGCGUCCAGUGAUGGCGAGAAGCCUCACGAGGACAAACCAGUUACGUUGAAACGCAGUCACGAAGCUGAUUUUGAUGAGGCUCAAGAAGGUAUGGAGACUGUUAAGAAAGCUUUUUCUCUGAUGGGAUACACCUUCAGGGAGAAUCAGAAGGAGGUGAAGCUGCAGGGCGAGGUGGUUUACAGGAAGCGGCAUAUUAGGCUGCCCAAUCGGCAACUCAAGAUGAAGCUCAAUCGUAAUAAAACAAAUAAGCAUAUUUACUUCGAUGAGAAUGGAGUUGAGAUUACCAGUACCAUCGACAAGGUCAAGCAGUAUCUCUCGGACUGUCCCAUCAAGCUUUCGAAUGAGGCGGAGUUACAGGCUAACGACAAGGGGAGCUAUACUAAGGCCCACUUCACUUCCAGCUCUGAUGAAGAGUGCGAUGAACCUGUCAGCACAAAACUUCAUGCUAAGAGACUAGUUUUUAGCAAACCUAGCACAAGCUCGCUGGAGACACCUCCUGAUUUCAAUGCCUCGUAUAGGACGUGUGAUGAUGACGUCUUCGAGGAUGACAAUAAGCUGGAAAUUGGGGCGCAGAUGGAGAUGGAUCAUCAUGAUAUGGGGGAUGUCAUCACCAUCAAGGUCUCAGAUGAGGAUGGUGGCAAGAAGGCCAUUAAAAAGAGAAGGAGGAAGCAAAACAAGAGGAAUGUCAGUCUUCCUGUUGAGGUGGAUAAUGACCGGACGUUGAUGAAGUAUUGGGUGAAACGAUAUCGGUUGUUCAGUAAGUUUGAUCAGGGCGUCAAGUUGGAUCGAGAGAGCUGGUUCUCGGUGACACCGGAAAAAAUUGCGGCACAUAUUGCGGAUAGGUGCCAGUGUGAUACAAUUGUUGAUGCUUUCUGUGGGGCUGGAGGAAAUACCAUACAAUUUGCAUUCAAGUGUGAAAGAGUCAUUGCGAUUGACAUUGAUCCAAACAAAAUUGAGCUCGCGAGAAAUAACGCGAGGGUCUAUGGGGUAGAGGAUAGGAUAGACUUCAUCGUUGGUGACUUCUUCCAAAUCGCUGAUAAGCUUAUUGCCGACGUUGUGUUCUUGAGCCCACCCUGGGGUGGUCCAGAUUACUUGCACGAUGAAACUUACGAUCUCAAUAGUAUUCUUAAACCCCUGGGAGGAAUGACUCUGUUUAAUACUGCAAGGAUGAUUUCCGAGCACGUUGCGUAUUUUUUGCCGAGGAAUAUAGAUACUAUUCAGCUUGCCAUGUUAGCCGGGCCUGGACAGGGCGUUGAAAUUGAACAGAACUUCCUCGAUCGAAAGCUAGUAGCUCUCACAGCAUACUACGGUGAGCUUCCCAAGGACUGUUAAUACCAGGAAACGUCAGUCGAAUGUCUAGUAUCGAUGUAUAAUUAGUUGUACAUAACGAAGGAAAACCCGUAUCAGUUUGCUCCAGUAUUUGAAAUGAUUCCCAGUCGAAGACAGUAAUCUUUUAUGAUAAACACCUGUCACCUGAUUUUUAUGAUAAAAUCCAGCAUUCCCCUAAUUUUAUAUACUGUAUUUUCUAAUUAGUUAAUUUGUCACGAGUACAAAACGUUGUUUAGCUUCCUAAUUUCCGAUUUUUAUUACGUGACUUGGCGAAUCGAUACGGAUGGAUAUGUGUGUUAAAUUGCAAUGUGGGCUCUUCCAAUGUCUCAACGAAAGAAUUAAUACGUGUUUUUUUUUAUUGUAGAAUUAAAGGUUUAUUGAAUUUUGAGCUCUUGUAAAAAAUUAUUUUAAAAACCUUAUGUUUCCAGUCAUUCAAAUGAUAUUGCAACUGAAUUUUUAAGUUUUUAUUGUAAAACGCGUGUCGUUUUAUUAUACAAUUAUAAAUAAAUGUAACCAGGAAAAA